UAAACCAAACAUAAUUCUACACCAAUCUUCAGAAAAGCAUAUCGAGAACAUCUCGAGUGCAAAAUCAAAAGCUAGUUCUGACCAAUUUGCCAAUCCAUUGUAUCAUCACCCCAACUUCCAUUUAUUUUUCAAGACUUCACUUUCUCUUUUAAUAUCCCUAUUCUUUUUAUAUCUAAUCGCAAAUCAUAUCUCUUAUUUCUCUAUACCUCUUCGUAUCUCUCUUUGGUGUGCUUUAAUUUUGCGGUAAAGAUAAUAUUUCUCUAAUCAAAAUCAUGUCCAACACCAACACCAAGUCACUUUUAUCUGCUGCGGCCUCUCUUGCAGCCACAGCUAUGCUGAUUCGAAGCAUCACGAACGAUUUCAUCCCCCAUGAACUCAUAGACUUCAUUAACUUGAAAUUUUAUAAUCUCUCUCGUUGUUUCUCAACCCAGUUCACGGUUGUCAUCGAAGAAUUUCAAGGAAUGACGAAGAACGAAGUCUAUGAGGCUGCAGAAGCCUACCUGAGCACCAAAGCCACCCUCUCAGCACAGAGAGUUAAAGCAGGCAAAUCCGAGGAUGACAAAACGCUCUCAUUUGGCGCAGACCGAGACGAAGAAGUGACUGAUGAUUUUGAAGGCGUUCGCGUAACGUGGAAACUCACCUGCAUUCGAGUCGACUCCUCAUCAUCUCGCACCAGAUACACCAACAUGAGUUCCUCUCUAAUGUCAGAAGUAAGAUCCUACGAGCUGAGCUUUCACAAGAAGCACAAGGAGAAAAUGUUCAAUUCAUAUUUGCCUUAUGUGUUGGAGAGAGCCAAGGCUAUCAAACAAGAGAAUAUGGCAGUGAAGAUUUACACGGUGGAGUACGAGGCGUGGUGUAGAAACGGUACUAGAUUCGAUCACCCCAUGACUUUCAAGACACUUGCAAUUGACGCAGGGCUUAAGAAGGAACUGGUGAGUGAUUUGGACAGGUUUUUACAGGGGAAGGAGUUCUAUAACAGAACUGGGAAAGCUUGGAAACGCGGUUACCUUUUGUAUGGUCCUCCAGGAACUGGAAAAUCGAGUUUGAUAGCGGCCAUGGCAAACUAUCUCAGCUAUGAUAUCUAUGACUUGGACCUCACGGCUUUGAAUGACAAUAAGGACUUGAAGAAUCUGCUCCUUGCCAUGUCCAACCGUUCCAUACUUGUGAUAGAGGAUAUUGACUGCUCCAUCAAGCUGCCGAACAGAGAAGAAGAUGAGGAAGCGGCUAAAAAUGGAGACAAUAAGAUGACACUUUCAGGACUACUAAACGUAAUAGAUGGCCUAUGGUCAUGCUGUGGAGAGGAACGCAUCAUCAUUUUCACAACAAAUCACAGAGAAAGGCUUGAUCCAGCUCUGCUAAGGCCUGGCCGGAUGGACAUGCAUGUUAACUUAUCAUACUGCACUUUUUCUGCUUUCGAGCAACUCGCCUUCACCUACCUCGGCAUUUCUCAGCAUAAACUCUUUGAACAGAUUGGAGGGCUUCUUAGGCAUGUUCAAGUGACUCCAGCAGAAGUUGCAGGACAAUUAACUAAGAUUGCUGAUGUUGAAGAAUGCCUACACGGCCUUGUCAAAUUUCUCCAAGAUAAAACUCAGAAUGACCAGAAUAUCAACCAAGAUAAUGCAUCUCAAAAAGAAAAGAAAAACCAAGAUCAUGAAUAUGGCAUAGAUAAUUUAUGAUAAGACAUUUUAGAAUUGGUUCAAAUUAAAAAAUAACUUUCCAUGGUAGCAAUUUUAGAAUAUAUUUUUGGUUUGUACAUGGCGUGGAACUAUAAUGCCCCAACUUUCGGGAGUCACAGUAGUAACAUUUCUCGAAUAAAUAUUCAACGGUUUUCAUAAGUAGUUUGCAAAUGCAGAUUAUUUUUUAAAGCAUUUCUAAAACAUGUCAUGCAUACUCUCAACCAUACAUGAAUAUACAUCUAAUCUAUACCAAGGCAAGUACUCGGAGGUAAUGAUGUAUUGAUUGUUUUUAUACAUUUAUAUUAGGAUUAAUUUUCCGUUGUACUUUUUAUUUGUACUUGGUUUUAGCGAUUAUAAUUUUUCUUUUUCCUCUUGUUGAGGACUUUGUACUCUGGCCUUCAAAUUCAAAAGAAAUAAGUUAUAAGUUAAAUGUAAGCGAUGUAAUUGGUUAUGGUGACAACAAGCUCAAAUGUAAAAUUAUGCUCAUGAGCUAGAUAAAUAUCGUACCAAAUCUCCAAAUUCUCAUUCAACCAUUAAAGUACAUGUGCUAGAACAAUUAAACAAAACAUGUGGAGAAUGGUUUAAAUUGAAUCAAGACAAUCGUGCCAAAACACUUUCACCAAAUCUAAUGGUUUUAUUUUAGUUGUCAAGUUUUUUCCAUCGACAAAAUUUAAUCAUCGAGCUUGUCCAAACCCAACUCCUGAACAACAUUGCCGCAUUGGCUAUGAAUUGCCUUAGUCAUGAACCCAAGGGGAUUGACAUAGCGAGUCAAGGAGGAGACACCCAUGUUCCUGGUGAGGACGAUCCUGUCGAACUUGUUCACCAUGGGGAUAGUGCAUUCACCCUUGGUGUUUGCAUCAGUGUUAAC